UCUGCUUUACAUUGCUGUGUACCUUUAUGUAACUCAGAUUCUAGGUAUGAUAAUAGCAUACACUUCCAUAAAGUACCUAAAGAUGCAAUUAUGAAAAAGAAAUGGAUUGUGAAAAUAAGACGAGAUGUAGGAGAACAUUUUAAGAUCACCAAGAUGACGGUUGUUUGUUCAAAACAUUUUAAACAAGAAGAUUAUAGGGCAUGGACACCAGUCCGGAAGUGUCUCAAGCCAACUUCUGUACCGUCUGUGUUUGAUUGGAGCAGUGACAAACCAAAGAGGCGAGCAUUGAAGAGGAAGAUCUUGGCAGAUUAUAGUGUUCAGGUGUCAACUGGUGAUGACAGUCUACCUCAACAAGCAUCAAGUUCAACUGCUGAAUUCACAGAGACACUAAUACAAAAAGAUACUAUUGAAAUUGAGAGGCUGCAAAAAGAGCUGGCUGACCAGAAAGUUGAAAAUGAAUUUCUCAACCAGCAACUUCAACUUGAAAAGUUUGGCAUCACUAGGUUUUCAUUAAAUAGUUCAUUAGUUUCAUUCUAUACUGGAUUUUCAUCAUACUUUGCAUUUCCAGAAACUUGCAGGUCUUGA